GGCGGCGGCCAGACCCGCGGCGUCCCCCCGCCCCGAGGUCCGGCGGGCUCGGGCCGCGUCAUGUCCGCCCAGGGCGACUGCGAGUUUCUAGUGCAGCGAGCCCGCGAGCUGGUGCCGCAGGACCUGUGGGCCGCCAAGGCUUGGCUCAUCACGGCGCGCAGCCUCUACCCGGCCGACUUCAACAUCCAGUAUGAGAUGUACACCAUCGAGCGGAAUGCGGAGCGGACGGCCACCGCCGGCAGGCUGCUCUACGACAUGUUUGUGAAUUUCCCAGAUCAGCCGGUGGUGUGGAGAGAGAUCAGCAUUAUUACCUCAGCAUUAAGAAACGAUUCACAGGAUAAGCAAACCCAAUUCUUACGAAGUUUAUUUGAAACUCUUCCUGGGCGGGUCCAGUGUGAAAUGUUACUGAAGGUUACGGAACAAUGCUUCAACACCUUGGAACGUUCAGAAAUGCUGCUUCUACUUCUGAGACGCUUCCCUGAGACCGUGGUGCAACAUGGGGUUGGCCUUGGGGAGGCACUCUUAGAGGCCGAGACUAUUGAGGAACAAGAAUCUCCUGUCAACUGCUUUAGAAAAUUAUUCGUGUGUGACGUCCUUCCUCUAAUAAUUAACAACCACGACGUUCGGUUGCCUGCCAAUUUGCUCUAUAAGUACUUGAACAAAGCAGCUGAAUUUUACAUCAAUUAUGUCACUAGAUCGACUCAGAUAGAGAAUCAGCAUCAAGGUGCUCAGGAAACAUCUGAUUUAAUGUCACCGAGCAAACGUAGCUCUCAGAAGUACAUAAUAGAAGGGCUGACAGAAAAAUCGUCCCAGAUUGUGGACCCUUGGGAGAGAUUGUUUAAAAUUUUGAAUGUUGUUGGAAUGAGGUGUGACUGGCAGAUGGAUAAAGGAAGACGAAGCUAUGGUGAUAUUUUGCAUAGAAUGAAGGAUCUCUGCAGAUACAUGAACAACUUUGAUAAUGAAGCUCACGCAAAAUACAAAAACCAAGUGGUUUAUUCCACUAUGCUGGUCUUCUUUAAGAAUGCAUUCCAGUAUGUCAACAGCAUACAGCCGUCUCUCUUCCAAGGUCCCAACGCCCCGAGCCAAGUCCCGCUGGUUCUCCUGGAGGACGUAUCGAACGUGUAUGGUGAUGUCGAGGUCGAUCGCAGUAAGCACAUACAUAAGAAGAGGAAGCUAGCCGAGGGAAGAGAAAAACCCAUGAGUUCGGACGAUGAAGACUGUUCAGCAAAGGGAAGGAACCGUCACAUUGUCAUCAACAAGGCGGAACUUGCUAACUCGAUUGAGGUGUUGGAGAGCUUCAAGCUGGCCAGAGAGAGCUGGGAGCUGCUCUAUUCCCUGGAAUUCCUGGACAAGGAAUUUACAAGAAUUUGUUUGGCGUGGAAGACGGAUACUUGGCUCUGGCUGAGAAUCUUCCUCAACGAUAUGAUCAUCUAUCAGGGUCAAUAUAAGAAGGCCAUCGCCAGCUUGCACCACUUGGCAGCUCUCCAGGGAUCACUUCCUCAGCCACAGAUCUCGGGGCAGGGCACCUUGGAGCAUCAGAGGGCACUCAUCCAGCUGGCCACCUGCCACUUCGCUCUGGGGGAGUACAGAAUGACGUGUGAGAAGGUCCUUGAUUUGAUGUGCUACAUGGUCCUCCCCAUCCAGGACGGAGGCAAGUCCCAGGAGGAACCCUCCAAAAUAAAGCCCAAGUUUAGAAAAGGUUCGGAUCUGAAGCUUCUGCCUUGUACCAGCAAGGCCAUCAUGCCCUACUGCCUGCACUUGAUGUUGGCUUGUUUUAAGCUGAGAGCCUUCACGGACAGCCGGGAUGACAUGGCGCUGGGCCACGUCAUCGUCCUGCUGCAGCACGAGUGGCCGCGAGGGGAGACGCUCUUCCUGAAAGCCGUCAGUAAGAUCUGCCAGCAAGGGAACUUCCAGUACGAGAACUUCUUCAAUUACGUCACAAAUAUUGACAUGCUGGAGGAGUUCGCCUACCUGAGAACUCAGGAAGGGGGGAAGAUCCAUCUGGAACUGCUGCCCAAUCAAGGAAUGCUGAUCAAGCCUUCUAGCCCUCCCAUGGGGUUACUGCAGCAGGAAUUCUUCCCUGUGCUUCAGCCCAGCAUACAGACUGCCGACAGGUACCGCGCGGACACGCCUGCUCAUAGUGUGCUGUUUGUGGACAUGUCUUACCGCCCAUGGUUUUCAGCUCUCCGUUCCUCGGUGCCCUUUUUUCAUGCUUUAUUUAAUUUUUUAAUUUGUUCCGCAUUCCUUGGCAAGCCAUCUGGUUGUAAUAUUGUUAACAUUUCUUAUUUUUUUCCAUAAGUUGCCAGUGUUUUUGUGUUCAAUUUAAAAAUCAUUAUGGAUCUGGAAAUAAGUGAACAUUAUAUGAAAGUGUGUCAGAUUAAGUGCAUAUCAGAUCAGGCACUGAACUACGGUUCUCUUUUCAUAAAACAUAAGGCAUUUGGUGAUAAACGUUUAAGGAUAGUGAAACUCAGAAGUACAUUUUUAUUCUGGGAUUUCCAAAUUAGUGCCCAGGGUUGAAGUUUCAGCGUCAAUGGGCUUUCUUUAGCAGAAUUAUUUUCCUGACACUGGCCUCACCUUUCUGAAUUGAAAAUAACUGGUAGGCAGGACACCACAUUUAUUAACUUGUUUAUCCUGGUCUUAAACCACAAAAGCUAAUUCCUUCUCUUCUUCACCCCAACUUACCAGAGCAAUAGAAGCUGUGAUAAAUGUAACUGAGUUGUACUGCUCUUCAUGUAUGGAAUCAGUCUGGCCUUGGGCCCACGCCCAGCGGGACACGGCGUUUUGUGAUUACUGGCCUGCAGGGGAGCCUUUGGUUGGAGGCACCCAGGCCCUUCACUCAGAGUCUGCAAACACCAGUCUUUCACUGGGUCAGAGGGCAGGCUCUCAUUUGGGGCUGCAGGCUGGGUCCCCCAAGAGCCGUAUCUCGGCAGCACAGAGGGGCUGCUUGUGCCUCAGUGGGGCUCACUGACCCUGUGUCCUCCCUGCCGAGGUCAGCAGCCGGACCCGGCCAGAAGUGUCCACAGAGACCCGAGUUUGGUCCAUGGCCGUGCUGGUGAACGCUGUGUAGUUGUGUAAACUGCCCACUCUUCUCACCAAGCCUGGGUUUUUCCCCCCUUCUGUUACAUUGCAACUUUUCACUUCUGUUGUUCUUACUUUAUAUGAUUCAGGUUUUAAAAACAGAAACAUUUUAAGAGUGGUCUCAAACCUUUUAAUUUUGGCCAGUAACCUCAAAGUCUAGUUUUAAAUCCCUGUGCCUGUCUGAGGGGAGUCAGGCAGAGGGCUGGGCACGGAGAUGCCUCGUGUUGGUCUGACUCCACCCCGUCACCGAGCGGUGGUUACAGUGCCUUUCCUCUGACUCGAGCCCAUUGAACUUUGCUGGGUGUUUCUUUUCUUUCCUUCAUGUUGGUGUCCGGGGUUCCCUCUGUGACCCCCCCUUCUCUGAAGCACACCCUCCAGGGCUCCCUGAGCGACCCAGCUGUGCUCCCCCGACCGAGGGCUCCCAGGCCCCCCUAGACCUCGAGGAGGCUCUCCUUCAGCAACUCCGCUCCCCCGUGUCCGUGCCAGACCCUCACCUGAGGACCCCCGCUGUGCCCGCUUCCCGCACGCAGGCCUGGCAUCGCGGGGAGCAGAGUUGUGUUGGUGACCCAGGCUGUGCGGGGACCCCAACUGCAGCCCCGCUCGCUCAGGCGAUCCGCCCCCCCCAAGGCCAGCCUGGCUGGGCCCGAGCACCGUGUGGCCUGAGCAGUGAGCCCCACGUCACCGAACCGUGUGUGGCUCACGGGGGAGCCCAGCGUCAGAGCUGCAGGGGCCAGAGCCAUGCCCCGAGUGGGGAAGGGACGCUCCAGUUCUGAGUCUUUCCGAGAAACGUGGGCAGGUGGGGCUGUUUGGUCAGGGCGUUCUUCUUUCCGAAGCUCUCCGCUGGGUUUGAGGCAGGCUGUUCUCCUGCCCUGGGACCGCGGACCCGCGCGGCUGUGCUAACCACCCGUCCGUUUGUCUC